CAGAUGUCGUGACGAUGUGACCACGUGUGUACAUUUGAGAGCCACGCAGCGGGUGAAGGUUCAGUAAAUACUGAUGAUGUCAUCGUGCGAAGAUGGCGGAAGGAGAAAGCUGGUGGGGAGGCUGGAUUCAGCAGAGCUACCAGGCCGUCAAAGAAAAGUCGUCUGAGGCCAUAGAAUUUAUAAAGCGAGACCUGACUGAGUUCUCCAAUGUGGUGCAGCAUGACACCGCCUGCUCCAUCGUGGCGACAGCCACCGCUGUCAGGAACAAACUUGCCGUGGAAGGCUCCUCGGAUACGACGGAGAAGGUGAAGAAGAGCCUGUCUAGCUUUUUGGGAGUCAUAACAGACACGUUGGCUCCGCCUCCUGAUAAAACCAUUGACUGUGAUGUCAUCACGUUGGUGGCCACACCUGCAGGAACCACGGAGGUUUACGACAGUUGUAAGGCACGGUUGUACAGUUUACAGGCUGAUCCUGCAACGUACUGCAAUGAGCCCGACGGACCGACGGAGCAGUUUGACUUCUGGAUGUCCAGCUUCAGUUUGGAAGAUAAAAAAGGAGAAAUCUCUGAACUUCUGGUCAACAGCCCCUCUAUACGAGCCCUUUACACCAAAAUGGUUCCAGCUGCUGUCUCCCACUCUGAGUUCUGGCAACGAUAUUUCUACAAAGUCUUCCAGUUGGACCAGGAGGAGGCCCGAAGAUUAGCUCUGAAGCAGAGAGCAGAACUGUUGCACACAGAGACUCUUGGUUGGGAAGAGGAAGAGGAAGACGACUUCCUCGGUGCGUCUUCAUCGUCUCAGUUCAACGUGACCCCGCCCUCGGACAACACUUCCACACGCCCACCAAUGAGCGCCACAACAGAAACGUCUCUGCUGACUCCCGUCCUGUCUCCAGGCGAAGAGCGUGAUGCCACGCUGUCGGUUAGCAGCGAUAGCGUUAGCCUGCCAACCCAGGUGGAUAUGCAGCCGCAGCCCGCCGUCACUGAGCUGGCCAAUCAGUUUACAGCAGCGAGUUUGGAGGAGGAGUCCGACAAAGCAACACAGGCAGAGCAGAAGUCCGGAAAGUCUGACCUGACCCCUGACCUUGAAGUGACUGCAGUUAGCCCGACGGAGCCCUCUGCUGAUAAGGCCCCGGUGAGACCCUCCGCUCCUAAACCAACGGCAGCAAAAGAAGACGGACCACAGGACCUGAGGGUGUUUGAGCUGAACUCUGACAGCGGGAAGUCGACUCCGUCCAACAAUGGCAAAAAGGGGUCCAGCACGGACGUCAGUGAGGACUGGGAGAAGGACUUUGACCUGGACAUGACAGAAGAAGAAGUCCAGAUGGCGCUGUCAAAAAUAGAAGACUCUGGAGAGCUGGACGAGGACUGGGAGAACUGGGACUGAAGUCUCCGCAGCACCGACCCUGUCCCGUCAUCAAAGCUUGUCCUCAGCUGAUGAACUACGCUUAACGUGUUUUAACUCUUUGUCCGCACUGUCACCAUGUCAUGAUUGUGGGGAGGGGGAUUGUUCUGGUGGGUUUGGACCAUAAUGGGAACCUGCUGUAAAGAGGCCACGGCAGCAGGAAGUCGGAUGUUGGGCCAGGACUCUGGUCGCGGCUAGUUCUCAGAGUAACAUAGAGCUUAUGACACUAGUUAACAACGGAGCGUGUCAUUCUUCAGGCCUUCACCCUGACCAGUCAGAAUCUGGAAGGUUCCACAGCAGCGGGGGUGCAGCUGUUUUUUUUUUUUUUAACUGCCAUCAAAUGCAUCAUACGUGUUGCAGGUGAGUCUGAUGAAGAUUCCACGACGGCUGCACCGUAGCCAUAAACUCUAAUGUGCUGCUUCUACUUUUUUUUUUAGCUUUCUUGUCUUUUUUAAAUGAUGGUGAGUGAUUCCUGUCAUUUUUCUCCAAACUUUUUUUUCUUUAGUCUUUAGUUCACAAAUGUCCCACAGUCCUUACUGUUGAAAGUUGUUCAUACGUUAAUGAUACAAAUCAACGCCUGUUUUUUUUCUUCUCUGUCGUGUCGUUUUAAUCCCGGUGCAGGAUUUUUUUUCCCCCAGACUUCAAAUAUUUGACGUCUGUAGUUUAGAGUUGAAUUUUGUCUCUGUAAAAUAUCUCCACCUUUGAACUGGAAAUUGUUUUUUCUGUCAGGUACACAACAUCAUGUUUGGAUGUUGGCUGUAGUUCAGCGGUCACUUUGCCACUUAGACGGACGGGCAGUGUGAGCACGCUCCACGCUUUGAUCAUUUUCCUCCUCUGUUGUCUGCGAUGUAGCUGAAAAGAUAAAAAAGCUAACGCUAAAGGAGUGUAAUAUUUAUACUAAAAUAAAUAAAUGCUUAGUUAUUGUAGAUGCGUCGGGUUGCAUGUCUGUGCAGCAACACCAUCCAGGCCUGUGUGCAGACCGAGUCGUGUGCAGGAUUUCUGUUCUAUGUGUUGCAUGUCUAUACUUUUUCCUGCUGUUCGUCCUGGUCACAGCCACGCUUUUAUCACUUCUGUUAAAAAUGAUUAUAACAAGUUUUUUUGUUUUUUUUUUUAAAGAAAAGAUCAUUAUUAAAGGAUUCAUGGCUAAAGAGGAAAAAUGUUGGCGUGUGUCUGCGGCAGGUUACACCCUGACACGUUGUUGACAGCAGCACCGGGUGUUUAAAUAACCAUGGGAGACGAUCACCCCUCCUGAGGUAAGACCUGAUUAGGUGGUGGCGGUGAAAUAUAUGGUGAAACAACAAAGUAAAACAAAACACGUUUUAAGUUGCAACAUCGUGAUUGUGUGCUGUGGACAGUUAUGUUAUCUUCCAGUAGAUGGCAGCAGAUGGCUGUAAGAACAAAAAAAGCUGUUGAAGCUCUAUCAAUUCCUGUGAGCAUAUCAGCGUUGUGUUCAACUAAAGUAGUCGUGCAGGAAAGCGUCUCAGCCGGAAAUGGAAUAAAAUCAGAAAAAAAAUUUAAUAUAAAAAUAUAGGCAUUUCAUAUUUAACAUUUAAGGACUAGAGCACUGGAAUUUGACACCCAAAAACCCCAACAUUUAGAAAUAUGUGCAAUUACAUAAUAAAAUAUACAUGUAUAAAUA